AUGCGUCUGUCUAUCAUCGCCCUCGCUGCCUUCCUCGGCAUUGCCGCCGCCACUCCCAUUGCUGCUCCUGCUGAGCUGACCAGAAGCGUGCAAAUCGAUAACUGCAUUGGUCUCUGCGGUGCCACCGGAAAGUCCUUCUCGGAAUGCGCAGACGAGUGUGGAAACUAA